AUGACUAAUAAAAUUGAACCCGCACAAGUUUCUGAACAGAAUGACGAACUGCAGGCUUUAGAAAGCAUAUAUCCAAAUGAAUUCUCAAUAAUUGAUUACGAAAAACGUUGCUUUAAAAUUUCAGUCGCAUCGGAAGGUCCCAGAAAGCAUACUGUGGAAUUGAAGUUCACUUUUAUACCCGGCUAUCCUUCUGAAAGCCCGCCAAUUUAUGAAAUUUCUGCACCGACUCUCCAGAAAACCCAACGCUCUAAUUUGUUGCAUGCGCUCAAUGAAGUAUGUGCGGUUUCUCUAGGUUCCGCUAUGAUUUUCUCAAUGGUGGAGACAAUUAAAUCUUUUAUCGAAGAGCAAGAGGAAGAAAGUAGCCAGCAUUGUGAGGCUAUAUCAGAAUUGGAUGAAUCAUCUAUUGGCGAACCAAUGCGAGGGGUUGUGAAAUCCACCUAUGUAGUGCCGAGUGUCCGUGAUCAUUUACUUGCUUGUGGUCGGCGAUUACCCAUUGCGGAAGGCGUUUCUUGUCCCAAUAUUUACCAUGGUAAUAUAAUAACCGAUCGGAAAAGUGUAUUUCAGGCCCACUGCUGUGAGGUAUCUUCCCUCCCCGAAAUCUCCGCUUUCAUCAGCACCAUGCUGGAGGAUCGAAAGGUUGCAGCAGCAACCCACAACAUCACCGCGUGGUAUCUGCGAACCAAGUUGAAAGCGGACGCGCCAACAACCUCCCUGGUGGCUGACUAUGAUGACGAUGGUGAGACUCAAGCUGGUAGUCGACUUCUGCAUCUCAUUUCGUUGGCUGCGAAAGAGGGUGUUGCAGUAAUGGUAACGCGAUGGUAUGGAGGAAUUCAAUUGGGUCCAGAUCGUUUCAAGCACAUCAAUAAUGCUGCGAGCCAGCUACUCGCCCAAGUAAAUCUUACAAAGAAUUCAAAUCCUGAAACCGUUCAACCAAAGUCCAAAGGUUCUGGCAAAAAAAAACCGUAA